AGAGAGUCCAAAGCUUUCUGUGGGACUACGCUGACCCCAGAAGACAGGUUCUUAGGGAACUCCAUGGCUGGUUUCGCUUGCGCUUUCUGCUGUGAUGAUACAUCGCGAAGUAUCUUUAAAGAUCAAAGACAUGAAGUUACACAUUAAAUACAUUGCUGUAAUUUUUCUCUGCUUGGUAUUGUGCGGAGUCAGGUGUGACGAUAACUUGGAAAAAGUCAUAAUAGAUACAGAUGCUGGACCAGACGAUGCUGUUGCUAUAUUUCUGACUCUUCGAUCACAGUGUGCAGGAGUCGAAGUAAUAGCAAUUACUUGUUCAUAUGGGAACACGUACUUGGAUAAUGUAGUACAGAACGUAUUGAAAGUUUUAACUGUAGCAAACAGGAGUGAUAUACCUGUAUACAAAGGAGCAAGUAAAGCAUUGAUAAACGAGUACAAGCCCACUGGAUACUUUGGCUCCGAUGGCUUUGGGGAUUUCAAUUUCACUGAUGAGAUCACCGCUAAAGUGGAUGAAAGCAAACAUGCAGCUGUGGCAUUGGUAGACUUAGCGAAGCAAUAUCCAGGUCAAAUAACAGUUUUGAGCAUUGGUCCAUUAACAAAUAUUGCCAUAGCGAUUGCAUUAGAACCAAUGUUCUUGAAGUACUUAAAGAAUCAUGUUAUACUAGGAUCCAGUGUUUCUGGUAUCGGUAAUAUCCUACCCAAUGUUGAGUUCAACUUUUAUCAAGACCCGGAAAGCAAUUACAUAGUAAUGAAUAGUAUAAUGAAUGAUAACAAUACUGUGCCACGUACUCUAGUUUCAUGGGAGUUGGGUGUAGAUAGCUAUAUAUCUAAGGAUUGGCGUAUAAAUACAUUGGGAAAAAUAAAUUCUACUGCCAUGAGGUUAUUAAACAAAGCGGAACAAGUGAGUUUGAUAAAUUCUAUUUCGUGGGUUGUUUCGGAUGCAGUGGCAGCUGCGAUUAUGAUAUGGCCACAGUUUGCACAGUCGUCCACAGUUGUGAACGUAAGUCCUGUGAUCGAUGGAAUGGCAAGAGGUUCCGUACUGGUGGAUUAUACUAAUUUAACUGACAAACCAAGGAAUACAAGGAUCCCAAAGACGUUUAGCAUGGAAGCUUUUAAAUCAGAGAUAUUAAGAUCAUUAUCGUAAUUCUUUGCAUGAUUUUUUUUCAUGUGCUUUACGUAGUGAGAUGUGUUGAAAGUAACUUUAGCGAAUGAUAAUGUUAAUGUGUUAAAAUUAGUUAUGUCAGUUGUAAUGUACUUUAUGUAUUACUGCGAUCAAGAGUUAACUUAAAAAUUAUUACAAGUAAUUCAAAAUAAUUUAAAAUAUUUUAUAAUUAACAAAGUAACGAAGAAUUCUCAAUAAAUUCUUAAUGAACACCGCA